AUGAGAAAGGAACUCAAAAUCAAAGAUUGCACACUACGACAAUGGCCAAGUGACCGUACCAUAUUGGACCAAGUCAAGGGAUUCGUGCGAACGGCUGGCAAUGUAUACAAUUCGCCUCAACUUGUCAGCGUUGAAUUCUUGCAUUGUCGAAUGAUGCAGGAGAAUCCGUCACGUUGUUAUGCGUCGCGUAUCAAGCAGCACAAGACAUUGAAGCGGUUCCUGGAGACGCAGUAUAUGUGGGGAUGUUUGGGUGACGACUUGACUGAGUCACUUGACUGGGGAUACGAGAUCUUUGAAUCGAGCGUGGAAUACAUCAAGGAUCCUCGCUAUGCACAGGGCAUCUUGCCUCAUAUCAACAUGAUAAGAAAAGGAUCACCGAAUGGAGCACUCUUAGUAUCCUAUCCAAGCAUCUACAGCCAUCACUUUAUUCCAAGUAUUCGUCAAAAGUUCUGGAAUGGUACACAAAAAGCAGCAUCAUCCCCAUCAGAUCGUCUUCAUGCCGUUUAUCAUGCUCAUUGUGUUCGACCCUCGCCACCACCACGACAACAACAACAACAACAAUCAGCCACUCCUUCUUCAGUCACUGCCGUGGUCAAUGGCACCUCAUUACUACCAUCUCAUACCCCAUCAUCGUCUUCAUCGUCAUCCAACGCACCUCGUGCUAUUCAUAUCCCGUUAUCAUGGGCAUUAAAGCUCUCGAAUGAAAUUGAUACGCAUUUUAAGGCAUCCAUACCCAAUGAACAAGUGGCAACAAAGCGUGAGAAGCUUGUUACAAAGAUCACCAAUAUGCUUCGAGAAGAGUUCCCGAAUACGAAUCUACGGGUUGAAAUGUUUGGCUCAUCGGCAAAUGGACUCGAUUUUAAGCACUCUGAUCUCGAUUUAUGCAUCAUUGUACCUCAACAACAGCUGCAAUUCGACAAGAUAUGCAACAUCGGGCGUCUAUCCAGGCUGCCGAAUUCAUACUACAACAUGCGAUUCCUCAGAAAGAAGCUCAACCAGAUCGGGAUGAGAAAUGUGGAAGCUGUACCCAAUGCAUCGGUUCCUAUUUGCAAGUUUGAAGAUCCUCGAUUGAAUAUCAAAUGCGACAUCAAUACAGCCAAUGAUAUGGGUGUGGAAAACUCAAAGUUCCUUCGCACCUAUGCACUCUUUGAUCCAAGAGUUCGUCCUUUUCUCUACGCUCUCAAACAUUUCACCAAACGUCGCCAUAUCAACAAUGCUGCCAAUGGCACACUCAGCAGUUACACUUAUGUCUUGAUGGCUCUCUUUUAUUUGAUGCAAUGCGAUCCACCCGUCAUUCCAAACCUGCAACGGCUUGAUACUACCGGUCAUCGAUGUCACAUUUCAACGUGUCGUUCCUAUCAAGGAAAAAGGAAGCUCACGGUCCACAAGAAGCAAGUCGUCCAGUUUGAUGUAUCUUAUCAUACAUGUGUUACGGCUGUCAAUUCACACGCUGAAAUGCAACAAACGAUUGGGAAAGCGACAGGCUGGUUUGUCAAAAACAAGCAAUCUGUGGGUGAUCUCUUGGUGGGAUUCUUUGCGUAUUAUUCAGAGAAAUUCAGUUUCGGGCGAAGUGCAAUAUCGCUAUCUGAAGGAGCGCCUAUACAACGUCGACCAGCAUGGCACAAUCAUGAAAUUGCUGUACAAGAUCCAUUCAUCAAAGAUCGUAAUGUUGCGGCUUCAUGCAAAGGAACGGGUUUUAUGGCAGUAUUGGAUGAAUUCCACCGUGCUCAUCAAAUGUUGAUUCAAGGCCAUUCAUUCGCUGAUGUCUGUAUCAAACCAGAGGAUGAACCUCGCAAGCAAACCGCCCCCAAAUCUUCUUCUUCAUCAUCAUCAUCCCAGAGACGUGAUGCGAGAUUAGAAGACGCCUCCCAAAGAUUUGAUGCGAGAUCACAAGCAGCCCGGUUCAUUCCAUUACCCGAUGACAGGGAGGCUAUGACCGCAUUCUUGGCCGAAAUGAUGAGGAGCAUGACAAUCGACGAUCUAGUAAAGUAUAAUCGCUAUUCCACUGCGCUGCCUUCAAGUGGUCUUCAAGCAUCACUCACGCUUGCUGGUAUCGAUCCUUUCGAUCGCGUGGAUUUACAGUCUGCAUUGGAUCCUUACGGCGCCGUUGUCGAUGCUGAGCACAAAUACACCAAACACGGUGAGCUGGAACUACGCGUGCUUGUUAAUUUGGAUGAAGAUUUGGAUGAAGACGAACUGCCUGAAGAACUCGAAUUUGAAACAGUGAUAUUGGAAAGAGUUGGCAGAGUGCGAAGGAAGAAAGGAAAACUUGUAGCUAGAUAUGAAGCAAGUGAUUAUCUGUUUUAG